AUGUCUAGUGAUUCUGAAUCAUCUACAUCAUCAUCGUCUUCGACGCCACCAUCAUCGGCCUCAACCCUCGUCGCAUCCAGGCGCUCCAACCACUCUGAGGUCUGGGAAUUCUUCGAGCGGGAGAUCACCUACUACACCAAGGCGCAGAUUGAGAGCUUUGGCCCCAAGAGCAAGAUCAGGAAGAGUGCCAGACCAGACGAAGAGAGUGGUGGAUACAAGGUUGACCUUGCCUGGUGCAAACGUUGCACAGGCAAGAAGGCGUGCUACAACAUGGCAAGCGGCAGCACAACCAAUCUGUGGACACACUACACAGACAAGCAUGCGCCCAACCUCUCCAUUGCAAUGGACAAGUACCUAGACAACAGUGGCAACUUGCGAGACACUCCGAGGAUAACCAUGGUCAAGUGGCUAGUGAUGAACCAUCAGCCCAACCUCAUCGUCGAGCAAAAAUUCUUCAAGGAGAUGAUCGACUCAUUCAGAAAGCAGCCAGAAGCGAUUGUACCAGGUGCUGACACCAUCGCAAGAGAGAUCAUUUCUUUCCAUCGCACCCUCCAAGAGGCAAUCAGUGCCCACCUAUCCAAGCUUACGUGCAAGGUAUCGGUCACCUUUGACAUCUACCAGGCCAGGUACACUCUCGCUUCCUACUUGGGUGUGGCUGUACAUUUCAUUGAGAAUGACAGACUUCAACAUUUAUUGUUGAGCUUUGAGCCCUUCCCAGAGCAGCACACUGGUAUUAUUAUGUGUGACAAGGUAGUCGAGGUAUUGGACCAGUUUAAGCUACUUCCCAAACUGCUCGCAUCCUGUACCGAUAACGCCACGAACAACGACACUGCCGUCAGCAAUCUCGAGGUAGUGUGUGCCACCAGAUCAGUCCCCUACCACGGUGUCGAGAGCCACGUCAGGUGUAUCGCUCACAUCAUCAACCUGGUGAUUCGCAGCUUUCUCCAAGAGGAUCAAGUCCACGAAGUUGUCAAAGGCUUCAAGGAGCUCUCAAACCAUGUGAGAGAGACUCACAAGUCCAAGGAGGCCUACCGCCUCAUUGUUGGAUCGAUCCCGCCCGAGGACGUUGAGACGCGCUGGGACUCCAGGUAUCGCCUCCUCCAAUAUUUCCUCGACCACAAGGAUGCCGUCAUCACCUACCUUGAGGAGUCCACCGACAAGACAUUCCAAAUCAACUGGGAGAAGCUGGAGGCCAUCCAACCGACACUCGACAUGUUUCAUUAUGACUCUGAGGGCCCACCACGACUGAGUUGA